CCAGCCAUGGCCGAAAAUCCCAAUCCAGAUCCCUCUCAUCGGCUUCCACCUCCCGGACUGUCUCGUCCUCCCGUCGAAAAAUUUCCCCUUCCACGCCGCGUGAGGGUUUCGUCGUCGAAACCGGCACAGGGCCCGCCCGCGAGUGCAUGGCAGUGAGCCUCCUGGCCAAUGACGUGUCGGACCUCUGCAUCGGCAAGCCGGCCGUGAGGUCCCUCCCGCUCUCCGCGGCCGCCGGCGACCUCGCCGCCACGGUCCGCAAGGGGCCCCGCGCCGCCGCCGCCGCCUGCAUCGCCGUCGGCCCGGCGCGCGGCGCCGUCGUGGGACGCGCCGGCCUCGCCGACGUCCUCUGCCUCCUCUGCUCCUCCCCCGACGCGCUCGCGCGCCCCGCCGCCGCGCUCGACCGGCCCGUCUCCGCGCUCCUCCCCAAGGACGGCGCCGGCGAGGUCCGCCGCGUAGAUCCCCGUUCAAGUGUCUUGGAAGCGCUUGAUGAGAUCCUGAGCGGCGCGCAGGUGCUCGCCGUCCCAAUACGCCCGGGCGGCCGCAAGAAGCAGCUGGGCGGCGUCGCUGGCGUGACCAGCGACUUCUGCUGGCUCACGCAGGAGGACCUCGUCCGCUACUUCCUCAACUCCAUCUCCCUCUUCUACCAUGUCGCCGCCCGCUCCGUCUCCUCCCUCGGCCUCGUGCGCCCCGAUUUCCUGUCGGUGCGGCCCGACGAGGCAGCCCUGUCCGCCGUGCCCCUCAUCCGCCGAUCCAUCGCCGCGGAGACCGCGGUCGCCGUGGUCAGCGCCGAUGGCCACCUCGUCGGCGAGAUCUCCACGGCGCAUCUCGCGGCCUGCGACGAGACGGCGGCCGCGGCCAUCGCCACGCUCUCGGCGGCCGACCUCAUGGCAUACAUCGACUACUUUGGCUCGCCGCCGGAGCACAUCCUGCGCGCCAUCAAGACGGGGCUCAAGGCCAAGGGCCUCGACGCCAUGCUUGAGCUGAUGGAGGACGAGACGAUGACGUCCUUUUCCCUGUCUUCCUCCUCGUCGUCGGACGAUGACAAUGGCCGGCCGCACCUGAGGCGCCCGUCGUCGGGGAGCUUUGGGCGUCGGUCGACCGAGGAGCCCGUGGUGUGCAGCCCCGCGAGCUCGCUGGUGGCCGUCAUGGUGCAGGCGCUCGCCCACCGCGUGAGCUACCUGUGGGUGCUCGACGAGGAGGACGACUGCCGUCUCGCCGGGAUCGUCACGUUCGCCGACAUUCUGAGGGUGUUCCGUGAGCAGCUGCAGUGAGGCGGAGAUGAAAAGAGGCUUGGGAGUUUUUGCAGUGGACCUGAACUCCGGAGAGGAUUUGCUGUUUGGUAGGGCGCUGGGUUGCUGCGCCUGCCUUGCUCGUUUCUUGUGAAAUGUGAUGAAGAUGAACCGUUUUAAAUUUGUUCUUUGUUGAGACAUGUUUCCAGUUUGCUGUGUUA